AUGCAAGUGAGAUUGCUUAGCUUUGUGGUUGUGUCCACAUUAGCCUCCCCAACAUCAACUCUCCUUCCAUCUCUAACAAAAAGCCGACAGACCCCAUUGUUUCUCUGCAAAAUAUAUUUUCUUAGCAGACAAACAGAAAACAAAUAUAUACAUAAUAUACACACACAUUAUUAUAUCAAAAUUCUGUAUUAUUCCCCCCACACACCCAUCUGGGGGCCCUCCCUCCAUUUUUCAACUUUCUCUCUAAUUAAAUUAUUCCAUUUCUAUUCGUAUACAUAGCUGUUCUUCCCCAUUUCCCAUACUCUCUCUCUCGAAAAAUUCUCUCCUACCAUUCACGCAAAGCAGCUUUCACUUUCUUUUUGCUUUUUCUCUCUCUUUCUUUUUUGGGUUUCUGUCUCCUUGUUUUUUCUUUCAUUGAGAUCUGCUUCAAAUGGGCUUCACUGACUCCAUGGGAGAGCCUCCCAAUGCUUCAGCUGAUCCCUUUUACGCUUCUUCUUCUUCUACCUCUUCCUCUUUCUUUGAAGCAAAAGACCAUUAUUGUGACUACAAUGAGCUGAAAAUUAAGUCCAUUUUGAAGAAGAUGGUGUGGGAACUCGCCGGUUUGGCUUGCGUUCUUCCACCUCGCCGCCAGCGAAUCUCCGGCAAGAACGAUGAGACCGAAGAGAAGAAGAAAGAAAAGAAUUUGGAACACAAUAAGGCCUGGCUGCUAGCGGAGUCCGGUGGGUGUGUUGGCGCAGAGCUUACGAAUGUUGACCCGCAGUCGGUUCACUCGUCUUUCAGGUUCAGCUUCUGCUCUCAGGUCGAGCUCGAUUCCAUGAACAUGAGUUCUUCUACAGCUGCAACUGUUCUAAUGGUUAAUUUGGAUAAUGGGCUUUGUGAUACUCGAGCAAAAGAGCUCAAAUGGCGGAGAAUUGAGUCCCUUGAGAGGAGUAUAUCUCCGGUGGCCAAUACUUUGAUCAGAUUCAGCUACGGAGAAAUCCUUACGGCUACUCGAUGUUUCUCCAAAGGUAGAGUUUUGGGUAGAGGGGCUUUGAGCUAUGUGUUUAGAGGAAGAGUAGGGAUUUUGAGAACUUCUGUGGCAAUUAAGAGAUUGGACAAGGAAGAUAAAGAGUCUUCAAAAGCAUUUUGUAGAGAAUUGAUGAUUGCUAGCUCUCUUCAUCACCCAAACGUUGUUCCCCUUGUUGGGUUCUGUAUAGAUCCAGAGGAAGGUUUGUUUUUGGUAUAUAAGUACGUCUCCGGUGGAAGCUUGGAGCGCCAUUUGCAUGAAAAAAAGAGAGGAAUCAAGGGCUCUGCAACACUUCCUUGGUCUAUAAGAUAUAAGGUCGCCACUGGGAUUGCUCAGUCAGUAGCUUACUUGCAUAAUGGAACUGAAAGAUGUGUUGUCCAUAGAGAUAUUAAACCCUCAAAUAUUCUACUUUCUUCCAGGAAAACACCUAAGUUGUGUGAUUUUGGAUUAGCAACAUGGACUUCUGCUCCUUCAGUUCCUUUUCUAUGCAAAACUGUUAAAGGAACAUUUGGUUACUUGGCUCCUGAGUAUUUCCAACAUGGGAAGGUAUCAGACAAAACCGAUGUUUAUGCUCUUGGUGUAGUCUUGCUGGAGUUGAUAACUGGCCGAAAGCCAAUUGAAGCAAGAAGGUCACAAGGGGAGGAGAACUUGGUCCUAUGGGCAAAACCCCUCUUGCAUAAAGGUAAAGGAGCCAUUGAAGAGUUGUUGGAUCCAAGGGUCAAAUGCACGUUGAGAAAUUCAAAUCAAAUAGCCCGAAUGAUUGAAGCCGCUGCUGCCUGUGUAACAAGUGAAGAGUCUCGCAGGCCAGCCAUUGGUGAGAUUAUUGCAAUUUUGAAAGGUGAGGAACAACCCUUUAUAUCUAAAAGGAAGAAGUCUGGUUUUCUGGGUAAUGGGUGCGUUAUUGAUUGUUACUCUCAAUCACUACAAACAAAUAGCGAGAUGAAGAGUCAUUUAGCUUUGGCCAUGUUAGGUGUUUCCGAGUUUGAGGAAGACGAUCACCUUUACUGUCGUUGAAACAAGAAACAAACAUUCAAAACGACCUGAUUUCCCCCCCUCUUGGUUUGCUCAUUGUGUCAUGCUCAAGGAGUGUUAGAAAUUAGAAGCUGAAAGGUGUUGAUGUUGUAAAUAGAACAAUAGGAUUGUGCUUGUAUAUAUUGUCAUUUUUACCUGCUCCUGUUGUCAUUGGGAAGUAGUGUAAUAGAAUUUUCAUUGAAGAGUUCAUAGUUCCUGUUUUAUUAUUGCAGGAACUCAUCAUUUUCUGUAAUCUUGAAUUCUCGAAUUAUCUGUGCUGUAAUUUUCUAGCGUGAUAAAUUUUCGUUCCAAAGAUAAAAAAUUUUCCUAUCC